UCAAUGACAGGCAAAAUGUGCGACAGGCGCUGUGCGGGCCGGGAGGGAGCGGCGCCGCCUCCUCCUCCUCCCCCUCCCCGGGCCAGCGGCUGAGGCAGCGCCGCCCGCUCCGCUCCGGCCCGCUCCCCGCUCCCCUCCUCCGCCCCUCCGAGCCGCCAGGCGGGCAGCCCGGGGCCGCCGCGGGAGCUGAGGGGAGCCCGGCGCGUCCAUGAGCUCCUAGCGCCCACCCUGCCCCGUCCUCGCCGGCAGCAGCUCCAGGUGCGCGGGUCCGAGCGGCGCCGGGACACCGCUGGCUGCAAUGGCGUCCAACACGGACCGAGAGGUGAUACUGGCUGAUUUCCAGGCCUGUACUGGUAUUGAAAAUAUCGAUGAAGCUAUAACGUUGCUUGAACAAAAUAACUGGGAUUUAGUGGCAGCUAUAAAUGGUGUAAUACCCCAAGAGAACGGCAUUCUGCAAAGUGAGUACGGUGGAGAGACUUUACACGGACCAGCGUAUGGCCCCGCAAGUCAUUCUGCAGCGGCUUCGUCAGCGCCUUCCUCAUCCUCAGCAUUUCGCCACGUAGUGCCAUCUAGACAAAUAGUGGAAAGGCAACCUCGAAUGCUCGACUUCAGGGUAGAGUACAGAGACAGGAAUGUGGAUGUCGUGCUUGAAGACAGCUCCACGGUCGGGGAUAUCAAACAUAUUCUAGAAAAUGAACUUCAGAUUCCUGCAUCUAAAAUGCUGUUGAAAGGAUGGAAGACUGGUGAUGUAGACGAUAGUACUGUUUUAAAAACUCUACACUUGCCAAAAAAUAAUUGUCUUUAUGUUCUAACACCCGACCUGCCUCCUCCGUCGUCGGCUCAUUCUGGGGCUCUGCAGGAGUCAUUAAAUCAAAACUUCAUGCUGAUUGUCACCCAUCGAGAAGUGCAGCGGGAGUACAACCUCAACUUCUCGGGCAGCAGUACCAUUCAGGAGGUGAAGCGGAACGUGUACGACCUCACCAGCAUCCCCGUCCGGCACCAGCUGUGGGAGGGCUGGCCGCCGUCCGCCGCAGACGACUCGAUGACUCUCGCCGUGGCGGGACUGACUUUUCCUUGCCAUCGACUCACAGUCGGAAGAAGAUCUUCACCUGUACAAACAAGGGAACAGUCGGAGGAGUGCACCGACGUUCACAUGGUCAGUGACAGUGAUGGAGAUGACUUCGAAGAUGCUACAGAGUUUGGAGUGGAUGAUGGAGAAAUGUUUGGAGUAGCAUCGUCUGCCCUGAGGAAAUCGCCAAUGAUGCCAGAAAAUGCUGAAAAUGAAGGAGAUGCCUUAUUACAAUUUACAGCCGAGUUUUCUUCGAGAUAUGGUGACUGCCAUCCUGUUUAUUUUAUUGGAUCACUAGAGGCUGCUUUUCAAGAAGCCUUCUAUGGGAAAGCUAGAGAUAGAAAGCUUCUCGCUAUCUACCUCCACCACGAUGAAAGUGUACUGACCAACGUCUUCUGCUCACAAAUGCUCUGUGCUGAAUCCAUUGUCUCCUAUCUGAGCCAGAACUUCAUCACCUGGGCAUGGGACAUGACGAAAGAGGCAAACAGAGCGAGGUUCCUGACCAUGUGCACCAGGCACUUCGGGAGUGUGGUGGCUCAAACAGUCCGAACUCAGAAGACAGACCAGUUUCCACUUUUCCUUAUUAUUAUGGGAAAACGAUCAUCUAAUGAAGUACUGAAUGUAAUCCAAGGUAACACGACGGUGGAUGAGCUGAUGAUGCGGCUGAUGGCGGCGAUGGAGAUCUUCAGCGCCCAGCAGCAGGAGGACAUCAAGGACGAGGAUGAACGUGAAGCCAGAGAAAACGUGAAAAGAGAGCAGGAUGAAGCGUACCGCAUAUCGCUGGAGGCCGACAGGGCCAAGAGGGAAGCGCAAGAGAGGGAGAUGGCAGAGCAGUUUCGCUUGGAGCAGAUUCGGAAAGAACAGGAGGAAGAACGCGAGGCUAUCCGGCUGUCUCUCGAGCAGUCUCUGCCUCCCGAACCGAAGGAGGAGAGCACCGAGUCCGUCAGCAAGCUGCGCAUCCGGACUCCCAGCGGGGAGUUCUUCGAGCGCCGUUUCCUGGCCAGCAGCAAGCUGCAGGUUGUCUUUGAUUUCGUAGCGUCCAAGGGAUAUCCCUGGGAGGAAUACAAGCUGCUGGGCACCUUUCCCAGGAGAGAUGUGACCCAGCUGGAUCCAAACAAAUCAUUACUGGAGGUAAAACUGUAUCCUCAAGAAACCCUUUUCCUAGAGGCGAAAGAAUAGCUGGAGCAGGAUGGCAGGACUGACCUCUGGGCCGGCCCGCCGCGGCCUGGCCGCCGCAGAGCCCGGCAGAGCGACACGGCCGCGGCCACGCGCCUCCCAGCCUCGUCUGAGCGAGCGGGGUAAAGUUCUGCUGUGAACACUGAACGUUAUGACUCUGUUGCUCACUUAUCAUCCAGCUUUUGUUACAAUUAAUGCACUGUUAAAAUGUGAGUGAUUGUUAAGUAGAAUUUUUACUCCUCAAAUGCCCCUUUUUCACCAAGAAAUCUUGGACAUUUCUGCCUGUACUUUUGACACUAGAAUGCUGUAUAUUUGAUAUCUCGCUGAGCCAGUGCUCUCAUAUAUAUGCAUUUUAUUUCUGUGUUUGAAUUUCUACUUUGUCAACUAAUUUAAAAAGGCAGAAAAAAUUCUCAGCCAUGGAAAUUUAACAGUAUUAUAGCAGAAAGCAUAUAAUUUUUGUUAGUACUUUCCGACUUCUUUGAUAAGGUGUAAGGUUUUGUUUGAAGAAUAUAGUUUGACCUAUAUGCGAGAUAUUUAUUUACUGGUUCUGCUUUGGGUCUCAGUUCUGAUUCAGUUGAGGAAGUAUUUUCCAUUACAUUGCAGUGUGCGGAACUGCUUAUUGCAUGAUGUGAAUAUUUAAAUAACGUUGGAAAUGGCCAGUACCAGGCACCUGGUAUCUUGGCAACACUUCAGGAACCAGCUGAUAUUGAAUAUCAGCUGUUAAAAACUUUCCAAACACCAGAUACAAAAGUUCUUUAUUUCUCAUUGUGGUAGAAAGGGCAGUUCCCAUUUUAGCAGUUUUCCGUCAUUCUGGCACUUGUUUGUAUCCCAUUACUCGGCUGGUUUAAAGCACCUUGUUUGUUUGACCAAACAAUGAGGAUCUUAGGAGGUGGUGUAACUAGAAAUCUGCCUUAUUAUUGCACACCUUGGACAUUUACCAGUAGAUGACUGAUCGCAUCUCAAACGGAAGGAGUCGUGGUGCUCUGCGACGCGCGCAGCGGCCCUGUCCGCUGGGCAGCACCCGGUGCUUCCCGUCCGCCCCGCGGGACGAGCGCGGCGCUCGUGCCGCCAGCCCGCAGCGACGCGGCGGGGGGGCUUUGCUUUACACCCCUGGGCGUGCAGAACAGGGCACAGGAGCACGGCAGAACCAGCAGCUGCUAGUCGAACCUGUCACACGGAUUUCCAGAUACGUUUAUAUGUAAUGCAUAGUGUUCAUCGUAGCAAGAUGAGUUCUGUGAGCAAAAACCAAUUGCACACAUCUUUAAGUCUCUUUUCUUUAGAAGGAUGGUGAUGUAAAAUCAAAUGUAUGCCUAUUAUUAGGGUGUUAGUGAAGCUGAUAUAUUGUUACCUUUACCAAAAAUGCAAAUUUCUGAGCAGGGAAAGCCUUACUCUCCCCUUUAUCAUUCUGUAAUUAGUGAGUGCUACAUCAGACACUCUUAGAAGUGAAGUAUCUAUGACAAAAGAUUUGGAAGUGUAUCCAAAUUCUAAUCAUUUGCAGUUCACAAAUAAAGGAUUCAUAGCCAAUAGAAGGUAAAGUCAUGUGUAAUGGAAAGCUGAAUGCAGACCCUUCAUUCUGAACUUCUGUUUUCUUACAAAAAAAAUACACCGUGUAUAUUAAACAAGAAAUUAACGUAGGUUGCAAAUUGGGGUGAUGCUGUUUCUACGAACAAUCACAGAGCACAGGCGGGUUUGUAAGUGGUGCAUAUCUUUGUUCCUUCAGAUCAGCUGGUCCUGAGCUGGCUGGUGAGGACGGGCAGCGCCGACGUGCUGCGGCACGAGCGAGGCGCCCGGCCAGCCGGCUGCUUUGUAUUAACCUGUUUAACUCCCGUUUGGUCUAAUCAGGCUGUUUCCUCUCACUCAACUUAUCUCUGUAUUUUGACUAUAUAUUCUUUACUUUGAUACUAGUUUCAUAAACUUAUUAAAUGUGGCUUGAAUAUUUGUUGAACUUGCUGAAGUCAGUGCUCCCAAGGUUGGUUUGGCUUUUCUUUUCUAAGUUCUUUUAGUUCUAUAUUUUCUCCAUUUUGUUCAUAUGACAAAACAGACUGUCAUUACCAGAAUGUCCUAGUGAUAAUGAACUGGAAGUGUUCAAAGCGGUGGCAUUACUGUCCUCUGAUACAAAGAUACCAAGAUCGGUGUAUAGGGAUCAUUCUGCCACAGCGUAAACAAGUGUAUCACGCUUUAAAUAAAACAUGAGUUUGGUCCUUAAAUACUUUGGGCCUGAUUUCAAGAAGCAACCAUCUAGAGUCACCUUUCCAAAUUACACCCUCAGUGCAAACCUGUCCCUGUGUAGGAACAUUGACAUUCUGCGCCAUCGUUUUCCGCUCUCCAAAACCAAGGUAUUCACUUACAGGCUCUGCUGGUGUGGUUAAUUAGUCUACAGACUAAUUCUGUAAUCCACUAAUACCCUAAAACUGUAACGCUGUCGCUGCAGAGCGUAUCCCUGAUUCUACCUGUUUAUCUCCAGGUUCUUCACAUCCAUGGAUUAUCAUCAACGCGAUUACCGCAUUAGUUUAAGUCUUAAGGAAUUAGAGCUGAGGAGCGGAUCCUGCGGGGUGCUGGGCUCCGCGGUGCUUGGGCUCCGCGGUGGCGGUGCCGCGCUCCGGCUUUCGAGGACACGUCUCGCCUGUGGCGCUGGCGUUGAGAUCAUGGUUAGAACGUGCGGGCGCGGCCGUUUGCUCGGUGUGCCCUGCGUGCGCACUCUGCAGUUCAGCCAGAGUGCUGGGGUGUUCCUAAUGGAGCGAUGCUGGGGGGUUGUUUAUUCUUUUUAAUGUAGCAGAAAAGGACUUUGGCUUUCGUAAACUGUACCUACUCAGUGACAUUAGAAACUUAAAAUAAAUUUUCAAUUACAGUACUAUUUCUACUAAA